UGUUGCUAGCGACUUGGUGGUCAAGGCAUCCGCAUGCGCAGUAGCGAGAGCCCGGUUCCAGGCGGUCGGGCAGCAUGGCGGAGGCAGAACCCAAGCCGAAGAUCCCGCGGGUGCCGGAGAACUUGCUGAAGAAGAGGAAGGUGUAUCAGGCUAUCAAGGCCACGCAGGCCAAGCAGGCGCUGCUGGACAAGAGGAAGAAUCAGAAGGGGAAACAGAUCCAAUUCAAACGUCUUGAGACAUUUGUUAGAGAUUCACGGCGCAAACACCGAGAUGAUGUCCGUCUCAGGCGCAUGCAACAGAGGCCUAGGCAAAUGGUUCUGCCCCCAGGACACAAGCUGGCCUUUGUUGUACGGAUUGCAGAGAUUAAAGGAGUGAGUUUGAGAGUACGAAGAGUCAUAGAAAUGCUACGGUUGAGAAAGAUUUUCAGCGGUACGUUUGUUAAGCUGUGCCCAUCCUCGCUGAAGAUGCUGCGGAUUGUGGAGCCAUAUGUGGCAUGGGGGUAUCCUAAUCUGAAAUCUAUACGAGAACUCAUCCUGAAACGAGGUCAAGCAAAGAUCAACAAGAAGAAAGUUCCUCUGACAGACAAUACUGUAAUAGAGGAGCACUUAGGAAAGUUUGGCCUUAUUUGCCUGGAAGAUCUCAUUCAUGAAAUCUACUCAGCUGGUCAGCAUUUUCAAGAAGUUAAUAACUUUCUGUGGCCAUUUUAUCUUUCGGUGGCUCGCCAUGCCGCACGUAACAGAGUGGGUUUCCUAAAGGAGAUAGGCUCGACAGGUUGCCGAGGCGAAGGAAUUAACGAACUUAUACGUCACCUGAACUAAUUGGGAUUGCUCCGAAGGUGUUUUGAUGGCUCUUUUCUUCCCCAUAUGCACCUCUUCUCGCUCCUGGAACUACUUUACAUAAUAUUACAUCUCUUUUCUGGAAAAUGCACAGAGGAUGGAGAUGUACUCCAUAGUGAGCCUUCUACCAGGAAAAAGUGAAAUUUGCCAUCAAAUGCAAAAAAAAGGAGUGACUUGCCGUUGCUGGAAGCAGUGCUUUCUUCAAUCUCAUUACUAAAACAAAUACAUUUUUACUGUUCGUUUUAUAUCAGCUGCUUUCUGAGGGAUCCAUUCUCUUUGGAAUGACCUUGUAUGAGUUUAUAUUCUUGUUACAUAUAACUGAUUGGUAGCUUGCAUCUGAGUAUCUUGUGAUACAACCCUCCCAAACAGAAUCAGUUUCUCUAGUGAUGCUGUACUUGCUGAAGUACGCUUCGCUCCUUGGUAUCCCAGUUGCUUGCUAAGACUUGUAUCUGUCCUGGUAAGUAGUGAAGGCUGAGAAGCAUAAUGUUUCUCAGACUGUUGCAGUGCAAGCCCCAGGAUAAAACAAUCUUCAUAGACAGUUCUUGAAUUUUUGAAAUACCCAGAUCAUACUGAAGUGGAAUCUCUGCUAAUGGACUAUGGGAUGGCUUUCAGAUUCUGCCAAAUUAGGACUUCAAAGGACUCUAUUUCCCUGAAAGGAAAACUUAAGUUGACUACCAGUUUAAUACUAAUAUAAAGAGAACAUAUGGACCGUCUCAUUCAGAUUUCAAAUAAAUAUAUUUUUAAAUCAAA